CCGAAUGACGAAGAUCAAAAUGAUCAAUUGGAUAUUGCUCAUCAUAUUUUUUUGUUGUUGUUGGAUGGGAAAUUGCAUUUGGCGCCGAUAAGGGAGCCGCAGAUGGUGUUGGAUGUGGGUACGGGGACGGGGUUGUGGGCCAUCGACUUCGCAGACGAAAACCCCAACGCCCAAGUAAUCGCAACAGACAUCUCCCCCAUCCAACCCCACUGGGUCCCACCCAACCUCCGCUUCCAAGUCGACGACUGCACCGAACCCUGGACCUUCUCCGAAGGCCAAUUCGACUUCAUCCACAUCCGCUGCCUCUACGGCUCCAUCGCCUCCUGGCCCGAACUCUACUCCCGCGUCUACGCCCACCUCAAACCCGGAGGAUAUUUCGAACAAGUCGAAUACAGCGUCUGUUGGCGCACAGACGACAAUUCCAUCCCCCCAGGACACGUUUUCCAUCAAGCCUCCAAAUCAUAUAUUGAAGCGGGCGAGAAAAUGGGUCGGACGUUUCGCAUUUGGGAAUUCCAGAAGGAAUUGAUUGAUCAGGCGGGGUUUGUGGAUACGGUGGAGAAGAGGUUUAAAAUGCCUUUGGGACCGUGGGCCGCAGAGAAGAAGUUGAAGGAAAUUGGUAAAUGGCAUUUGUUGGAGGCUUUUCAGGGUAUUGAGGGUUGGACCAUGGCGCUCAUGACCAGGAUUUUGGGUUGGACGUAUGAGGAAACUCAGGUGUUUUUGGCCCAUGUGAGAGCGGGUUUUCGCGAUAAGAGUAUUCAUUCGUAUACGAGUGGGAGUAUUGUUUAUGGGCGUAAACCUUUGGAUGCAUAG